GAAAAAAUUCACACAUUCUUGUUCACACAAUCUUCAGGCGUCUUAAUAAACGCCAUUUUCUCUGUUUUUUCCUUUCCCUUGUUUCUUUGCAUUUUUAAGCGUUUUUUAUUUUCCGAGCGAAGAUGAGAGAGUGCAUUUCAAUCCACAUCGGUCAAGCCGGUAUUCAGGUCGGAAAUGCGUGCUGGGAGCUUUACUGUCUUGAGCAUGGCAUCCAGCCUGAUGGUCAAAUGCCGAGUGACAAGAGUGUGGGAGGAGGUGAUGAUGCAUUCAACACCUUCUUUAGCGAGACUGGUGCUGGGAAGCAUGUUCCCCGUGCCGUUUUUGUAGAUUUGGAGCCCACUGUCAUUGAUGAAGUUAGGACUGGAACUUACCGCCAGCUCUUUCACCCUGAGCAGCUCAUCAGCGGCAAGGAAGAUGCUGCUAACAAUUUUGCUCGUGGCCAUUAUACCAUUGGAAAAGAGAUUGUUGACCUCUGCUUGGAUCGCAUCCGUAAGCUUGCUGACAACUGCACUGGUCUUCAAGGGUUCCUGGUUUUCAAUGCUGUAGGUGGAGGCACUGGUUCGGGUCUUGGAUCCCUCUUGCUUGAGCGUCUCUCCGUGGACUAUGGCAAGAAGUCCAAGCUUGGAUUCACUGUCUACCCUUCUCCACAGGUUUCAACCUCUGUUGUUGAGCCUUACAACAGUGUCCUAUCCACCCACUCUCUUUUGGAACACACUGAUGUUGCUGUGUUGCUUGACAAUGAGGCUAUCUAUGAUAUCUGCAGGCGCUCCCUUGACAUUGAACGUCCAACCUACACAAACCUUAACCGUCUGGUUUCUCAAGUGAUCUCAUCUUUGACUGCAUCUCUGAGGUUUGAUGGUGCUUUGAACGUUGAUGUGACUGAGUUCCAGACUAAUUUGGUCCCGUACCCCAGGAUUCACUUUAUGCUUUCAUCCUACGCUCCAGUUAUCUCCGCAGAGAAGGCCUACCAUGAGCAACUUUCUGUUGCAGAGAUCACCAACAGUGCCUUUGAGCCUUCUUCCAUGAUGGCCAAGUGUGAUCCUCGCCAUGGGAAAUACAUGGCUUGCUGUCUGAUGUACAGAGGAGAUGUGGUGCCCAAGGAUGUCAAUGCAGCUGUGGCCACCAUCAAGACCAAGCGCACCAUCCAAUUUGUGGACUGGUGUCCUACUGGAUUCAAAUGUGGUAUCAAUUACCAGCCUCCAACUGUUGUUCCUGGUGGUGAUCUCGCUAAGGUGCAAAGGGCAGUGUGCAUGAUCUCAAACUCUACUAGUGUGGCUGAAGUGUUCUCCCGCAUUGACCACAAGUUUGACCUUAUGUAUGCCAAGAGGGCAUUCGUUCACUGGUAUGUGGGUGAGGGUAUGGAGGAAGGUGAAUUUUCGGAGGCCCGUGAAGAUCUUGCUGCUCUUGAGAAAGAUUAUGAAGAAGUGGGUGCUGAGGCUGAUGGAGGUGAAGAUGAUGAUGAGGAAGGCGAGUACUGAGGACAGAUAGCCUCUUUAUUGCCCAGCAAUAGUUUUAGUAGAGCAUAAUUUCUAUGGUGACUGACUUCGCUGCAAUAUUUUAAAUUUAAACCGUUUAAACUGUACUGUUUGCUGUUUCACCUCCUUGUGUAGCGGCUUAUGUGUUUUUCUUCCCGUUCCAGACUUCUCAAUGAUAUGGAUGUGGCUUGCUUUAUUAUGUUUUA